UACUCUCUUUGGGAGACGAACUUAUUAGCGUCCAACACUUAUCAGCGUCCAACAAUUAAAUCAUUCACUCUAAUAUUUAAUUCAGUUUAAGUUGCAACUUACUUAAUUAUUAGUUAGUCCUUCUGCAAUUGUUUAGUUUUCCAUCUAGCUCGACAGUUUUGGAACCUUGCCUCGGUUGCAAGCCAAGCUCCUUUGCGAGCUUCACCUUCCUAUCUGGUUCGAGCUUGUUUUCUACAUGGAAGUUCUUCUCCAAAGCCUUGACCUGAGCUGCGUUGCUUCUCAUAGCUUGUUUUCUACAUGAGUAGAAAUGUCAUGGCGAUUGUUGCCAGUGCCAUUCUUGACGUCCACCAUGUGUUCGACAAAUUUACAGAGAGACUUAUGUAUCUGUUGCCUUUCUACAUAGUCAAAUUUGAUUCUUUGAAUUGUUGUGUUCCGGGAUAUCAUCGUAAACCUUGCAUUCAAACUGUUUAAUUUUCAGCAUUGCUCCUCCUCUAAUAUAUUUUAUCUCUAUCAUAUUGUCAAAUGCUAUUAAAUGAAUCUACAGGGGGGUGGAGAUGGGGAGGGUGAAGCUGAAAUACAGGAAGAUAGCAGCACGAAGAUUCUACCAUUUGAGUUCGUAGCACUGGAGGCAUGCAUUGAGUCUGUUUGUAGCGCCUUAGAAAAUGAGACACAAAUAUUGGAGCAAGAGGCUCAUAAUGCCUUAGAUAAACUGACUACAAAGAUCAGUACUCUUAAUUUGGAAUACGUUCGUCAAAUUAAGAGCCGCUUAGUUGCCUUAACUUCCCGUGCUCAAAGGGUAAAGGAUGAAAUAGAGAACUUGUUGGAUGAUGAUGACGAUAUGGCUGAGCUGUUUCUCACAGACAAGUUAGCUCAACACCAUUAUCCGAAUUCUUCUGUCUCAUCCAUCAAUAACGCCGACGACGUGGAGAAUCUUCAAGUUCCUCAACCAGAUAUAAAUGACAGGUAUAUACAGAGAACUCCUCCUGAAAUAUCAUUGGAACGUGGUGGAGAUUCUACAAGUGAUCAUGAAGAUGAACAAAAUGGUGCUGAUGAGUACUCGAGCGGCCAAAUAUUUGGUGCUGGUAGCGAAAUCCAUGAAAGCCAGGCCGGCAAUACCAACAGUGCUUCUGUGAGCAAUAAGAACCGGAAUGUGGAGGAUCUUGAAAUGCUGUUGGGAGCAUACUUUGUGCAAAUCGGUGGCACAGUCAACAAAUUAUCUGCGCUGGCGGAGUACGUUGGUGACACAGAAGACUACAUAAAUAUAAACCUGGAUGACAAGCAGAACCGAAUCCUGGAAACAGGAGUGAAGGUUGGGACAGCAAGUGUGCUUCUGAAUGCCUUUAUUGUAGUGACAGGUGUUUUGGGCAUGAACAUUCACAUUAAGCUAUUUGAAACUGGGCUUCCGCAGUUCCUCUCCGUAGUCUUUGGAUGCACCGCUGCUUGCAUAUUCUUGUAUGUCGUUGCCAUGGCUUGGUACAAGCAUAAGCGCUUGCUGGAAUAGCUGCAUUAUGCCUGGUGUUGUUCCAAAUAAAAUUGUAAUAAAUUCAUACAUUUGUGCUAGAUUUUACUUUUUUGACUAGGCACCUACAGUAGCUUUUUACUUCGAAUGCAAAUGAUUCUUCAAUUCCAAUUAAUAAUUAUAAUGUGUAACAGAUAGAAUUAUGUGGGUGAAAAAGAUUAGCCCUUGGGUUGACAUCAUUGGUCACAUGCUUCAGGUUUAACUCUUACCUCCCAUAAGUUGAGGGUUUAAACCUCUUCUACAUGCAGUAAAAUCUCAAUUGAUGGGAAACUCUCCUCAUGGAGAUCC